CCAAAUCCCUCCCAUCACAGGGCCGGACCUCACUGUACAAAAGGAUCAAAUGUAAUAUUAAUGAAGUCGCGCAUUGGCUCACACUCGCGUCAAUCCCGCUGCGCAACUUCUGUAGGUUGGCAGACUUCCUUCAAUAUUAUUUGUGGGGAGCAGGGUAAAAGUAGGCUACUAAAAAUGUUGCCGCUCCACAACACGGGGACGGACUGAAUGGAGGCAACGUUGUCAGCGAGCGGAGAUAAUAAAUCCGUCUGCAGUGUACCGCGACACACACUGGUAAGCAGAAAUACAAGAGCGGCUUGUUGACUUCUCCGUAAACGUCCAGCCCUCGGCCUCCCCAUGCCUCCAUCUCCCCUUGACGACAGAAUUGUGGUGGCGCUGCCAAGGCCGAUCCGACCUCAGGAACUCCAACUGCGCCUGGACACCAGCUACCUGGACUCCAUCGCCACCAGCAGCAGCAGCAAGACAGUUAUCAGCACCACCGUGGUGAAGAUCCGGGCGACGGCCAAUCUUGUAACGUAUAUGCCCUCAUCCAAGGGCUCCACGCGCUCGUUGUCGUGUGGAUGCAGCAGUGCCAGCUGCUGCUCUGUGACUACCUAUGAGAAGGACAGCCAGAGCCUCAGCCACAGCCAGGUGAGCGCCAGCAGCCCCAACCUCAGCUAUGCCGGGCCCCCCACCCCUAUGGUCAGCAACCAUGAAGCAUUAAGUGCCCCCAGUCUCACCCCGGGCACCCCAAAGGCCCUGUCAACUGUGCGGGUAAUCCACCCCAGUGAGCUGGCCAAACGCAUGACCUGCUGCCCCAUGGGACACCCUGUAGGGCCCGUCCCGGUCAUCAUCGACUGCCGGCCCUUCAUGGAGUACAACAAGAGCCACAUCCGGGGGGCCGUACACAUCAACUGCUCUGACAAGAUCAGCCGGCGGCGGCUGCAGCAGGGCAAGAUCACUGUGCUGGACCUCAUCUCCUGCCGGGAGGGCAAGGACUCUUAUAAGGGCAUCUUCUCCAAAGAGAUUGUGGUUUACGAUGAGAGCACCUCGGACCCCAACCGGCUGACAUUCUCCCAGCCACUGCAUGUGGUCCUGGAGUCACUGAGGAGGGAGGGCAAGGACCCCAUCAUCCUCAAAGGAGGCCUUAGCUGCUUCAGGCAGAACCACGAGAACCUGUGUGAGCACUCGCUGCACCUUCACGAGGGCUUGGACACCGGUGCAGCUGCUGGCCUGACGGGGGCGCUACCUCACUCCCUGCCCUCCACCCCGGAUAUAGAGAACGCAGAGCUGACACCAAUCCUGCCGUUCCUCUAUCUGGGGAACGAGCAUGACGCUCAGGACAUCAACCAGCUGCAGCGCUUCAACAUCGGCUACAUUCUAAAUGUGACCACACACCUGCCGCUCUACCACUACGACACGGGCCUCUUCAUCUACAAGCGCCUGCCCGCCACGGACAGCAACAAGCAGAACCUGCGCCAGUACUUUGAGGAGGCGUUUGAAUUCAUCGAGGAAGCACAUCAAGCAGGUAUGGGCCUUCUGAUCCACUGCCAGGCAGGCGUGUCUCGUUCAGCCACCAUUGUGAUCGCCUACCUGAUGAAGCACACCUGGAUGACCAUGACAGACGCCUACAAGUUUGUCAAAACCAGAAGGCCCAUCAUCUCCCCGAACCUCAACUUCAUGGGCCAGCUGUUGGAGUUCGAGGAGGACCUCAACAACGGAAUAACGCCACGAAUCCUCACACCAAAGCUGAUUGGUGUGGAAACCGUCGUCUAAACGAACCCAAUCGACUCAACGCUCACACUUGAACUCACUCUCACUGUUUUUCAAGAGAGACCAGCUGCUCCAUGAGCUGGUUUGGAGUGUGUGAGAGAGAGAGCCACUGUAUUCUUCUUGAAUCUCCUCAUGCUCAGUUUGGACUCUCAGGAGUGCCAAAGCUCUGGGUCAGUGGUGAUGAGAAAUGCCAAAAAUCCCUACUGUUUGGACCUGGCCGAAGUCCCGGAGGAGAAGACGAGUUAUAGAGAUAGAGAGAUAGAGACGGGAAGCGUUCAGUGGGAAGCUUUCCAUUUGUGACCGCAGAGGAGCAAACAUGAGGGAAAAGAAAUCAGUUUGGAGAAGAUACUCUAUGUACUUAGGGGCAAUUACUGAGAAGAGAAACUCUUAAAGCUCACACUGUGGCACACAUGUUGCAGACUCAGGCGGGGUUGGCCACGGCAGUGCCUGUCAAAAAAAAUAAAUUACAAAAGAUGACAACUUGUUUGGUGUGUUAAUGUUGUUCUAUUUUUAUACAGGGGUUUAUGGGGGUGACCAUGACGAGCCCACAGCGGCUUAACUGUGCAAUAAUUUCAGAGUGGAAUGCAACGGAGAACUUGAUCUUAUGUGUAUAUAUCGGUAAUGAUUACGAAACAUUUCCAGCUCUUUGCUGAAAUGCCAUUUUGAUGUUAAUGUAAUUACUGUUGUUCAGUUCUAUACGUUUAUUUUUAUGGUGCAUACAGUUAUGCUGUAAUAUUUGGCGCAGAUGUGUACGAGACAGAAAAAAAUGGAGUUUUAUUUUUUGAGUGCAGCUUGUCUGUCAUCUGUGCAUUUCCGAAAUACACAGAACCACAAAUUCACAUUUCGUGUGUUUGCUUCAGUAUAUUCGUUUUGCCAUUCCUGCAUCCACAUAUGCAUAUAUUUUAGCAAUAUACUGUAUAUAUUACCAGACAGCCAUAAGAGCUUUUUUAUGCAUGGCUGCUGGCAGAGGAAAGAAAUCUUUGAAAUAAUCAGUGAAUAUUGUAAAACAGGGCUACUGGUGAUGUUUAAUGUAACAGAAUGGAGGAAUUUCACUGCCUGCUUCUGUUGUCUCCUCUGUUCUUUUUGCUCCCAUUCAUCCAUGAGCCAGCUCUGUUGUAAUGCACUCUACUGUGUCCCUAUGUAGCUACAUGUCUUUGUGUCAAUGGCUUAAAUUCUGAGCUAUGAUUUAGUCCAUUGUAAGGUAGCAGAGUUGAGGUACAGACUUCAAACAAACAUUCACUUCCUCCCAUUGGUCAUAGUUUAGUGUGAUACAGGGUGGUACAGUAGAGCAGUGUGACCCUUGUCUAAUCUUUUGCAACUCCCUGUCGCUGACACUAAGCUACAGUUAAGUGAGCUCUUCUGCCUUGCAUAGGCAAGCGCUGCUGUCACGUGCUGUUCUAGUGCCUCUAUCAAUGCCUUAAUUCAUGUGUCACCACUGGGCCUGCGCAUGGUACACCAUCACGUGCAGAUGAAUGCAGAACACACCGAGGUCGAAUUAUAACUCCCAGACAAAAACAACCUGCUCCUCCUGGUCUCUGUGCCACAUACAGAUUUAACUUUUCAAAGAUUAUUUCUGCUGUUCCUGGUUCAUCUGUAGAAUUUUUGAAAAUUGCAUUCAAAGAUGCUAAAAAGCCUUUAGGUAAAAAUGCUCCUUAUGUAACUCUGAUCUCGUGGUGGCAUUUGAAGGAGAAUCUGAACACCACCGUGAAUUGUAAAUCAACUCUGCACUAAAUAGUAGUAGAGUAUAUGCACGCACACAAAGUUUACCCUCAUCCUCUUGCAUUUGAAUUUACUCACCUUUGACUAAUAUUACAACUACAUGCAGAUAGAUAAUAAAAAAAUAAAAAAAAAAAUACUCAACUUGCUAGUGCUACUUCUUCAUGCCUUCAUUCUGAUCCAGACCGCAGAUUUUUGCAAUGUUGCUGAACAGAAUCUAAAUUUUGCAUUUCAGCCUUGACAGUUUUUACACAUUUGACUGUCUCAGCUGUCGAAAGUUUGAGUGGAAAUUAUAAGAAAGUAGGAUGCAUGUGAUUUAAGGUAUAGUUCACUUUGCACACAGUAUAAAGACCUCGUCUUGUUGAUAUGACUGUGUGCAUGACUGUAUAAAAAGUGAGCAUUUAAACAUUCAAAUUUAGAGAUCAAUUUUGCCUUGAAUCUCCAAAAUGUUAAUUUUCCUUUCCAAACUGAGGAAAAUAGCCUUGUUUUAACCUGAAAAACACACAUGAUAAACCCAAGGCCUGUCAAAGUUUCCAACACAUAAAAGAGCAUGUAGUCCUUCAACUGAAGUUUAAACAUGAGAAAAAACAAAACAAAACAAGGAGUACGAGGUCUUCAUCCAUUAUUUUAUAGUUCUUACCAAGGUGACUUGAAGCAGCUUCCUCACAAAUUAUGGUUUCUGUUCUGUGUCUGUUCAUAUGUUCUUCUGGUUUCUGUUCAGCUCUCCAUUGUUUGCAUGAAAAUAAAGGCAUAAAAUGAAGCACAGGGCUAACAGUAUCAUUGUCAAAGCACCAAAAAACAACAUUUAUUCCACAAUACACCGUCUGUGAACCAUUAUAUCUUUUAAAGUACAUCAUAACAUCUUAACCCAAAAGUUUGAUCAUGUGUCUCUGUCAGCGAGAUGAAGGAGAAUGCAAGGAAUUUUCAUAGCAUAGUGAACACAAAUACACAGUGCACUCAGUAAGGCUUUACAACACCAAGAUUCACAACAAUAAGCUUAAAAAAUCCCUCAUGUGAAAAUUCAUGCUAUGCAAAUUAAAUUGUAACAGGUUGUGUCUUUACCCAACUGUCAUGAAAAUGUUUUGUGAGGUCUUUGCGAAAAGUUCGAGCAUGAAUAACAGUUUGCAGCCUCAGAUUUAAGUGAGUUUUUUAAGUGUGAAUUAUGGACAAAGAAGUUUUUAAAAAAAAAAAUGUUUGUGUGGCGACGUGUCCUCACUUGUAUUUUUGUUGCUGUUGUCAUUGGUGUCUACUGGUGCUCCACAAUAUAUUUGAAUAUGAUAAAAAGGUAUAUAAUAACAAUUUACCACACGUUUGUAGCUUGUGCAUUUAUAUUCAGUGAUUUGCAAAAAAAAAAAAGAGAGUGCUUAACAUCUGAGCCAAUGUUAUAUAAGAAUAAUGUACCUUUUCGUCCCAUCUGCUGGUUCCUACAACCGCAGCGGCACAUGGCUUUUGUAUGUAAUGAUCUAUUUGACUGAACAAUGUAACCGUCGUACUGUACAUUACUCUCUGGUUGGAAAAAUGAAGCAUGCUGUGUGCUCCUGGUCUGUGAGGGACACUCGCAGUCAUUAUGGUGCUGUCUGUCUUUUCCCACACUGCUCUUUCUGUAGAGGUCAUAGCCUGAUUGACAGCUCCAAGAGGCAUCUGGGUAUCUGUUCCCUGUUAUUUGGAAACACGGUUCUGUAUUAGAACAAUAUCAAGCUGUCAUAUUGGAUGGGCACUCUUUACGACUAGACUUGUUUAAGAGUCUCUGCUUUGGGCUCAGAGGCUCUGGUGGAAACGGGCUUCGCUCUACAAGUCUCUGUAUCUUUCUUUGUGUCCUGUAGUCAACGGUCAAAUAUAUACAGUAUAUAAAUAUAUAUCUAUUUUCUUUGUAUGCAUAUAUUCAUUACUAUUUUUGCACUGACAGACUGACAGAUGGAUUUAUUUUUUUCCACAAAGGGUGCUAUUAUAACGGAGGCCUUCUCCCACACCUUUUUGCAUGACUUGCUCAAAAUUCCUCAACUGGUCUGUCAUCUCUCCUACUCUUCUCCUACUACUCCUUGAACUGUUGCAAUUGAAGCACUGUAAUUUUGUAAUCCCUACUUGUGAGCUUUGAAAUAAACAGGGAGGCUUCAAGUUUG